AUGGUUGAAAGAAGACUUCAUGAUGGUCUGAGCAAGGCAGAGAAGAAAAGGAAAGCGAAAGACUCAAAGAAGAUGUCUCCUACAUUUAUAGGAGAAAAUUGCCAAGAUAUCAGUGAAAAUAGCACAAUAGUCCUAACAAGCUGCAAUUUUGACCAUCACCCACUGAGCCCAAAAAUGCAGAGAAAUGCCAAAGUGAAGUUCCAUAACAACAUGACAAGUUCUUCCAUCCAUAAUUUGACUCUAAUUCCUGACAAAAUGCAAAACACUAAUAAAACCACAGUAUCCAAAUUUAUUCUGUUGGGAUUUUCCGGUUUCGGUACAUUUGAGAAUGUCCUUUUUUAUGUUGCUCUCCUAGCGUACAUUGUAUGUAUACUUGGUAACAUUGCUAUUAUUAUAAUAGUUAUAUUUGACCCUUCGCUUCAUACUCCUAUGUACUUUUUUAUCACGAAUUUUGCUAUUUUGGAAAUAAUGUUCGUCUCUGUAACUAUUCCAAAAUUCUUAGCCCUUCUUAUGCAGGCUACAAAGACAAUAUCUAUGCUUGGCUGCUUUGCCCAGAUGUAUGCCCUAAAUGAUUUGGGUGCAACUGAGUGCUUCCUACUUGCCCUUAUGGUCUUAGAUCGAUACUUGGCUAUUAACAACCCUUUACGUUAUUCGGCUAUAAUGACCCAUACAUUUUGUUGGGGAUUAGCCAUGCUCCCCUGGAUCGCUGGAUUCAUCGUUUCUUUCAUACCUACAAUUUGCACCAUUUUUCUGGAAUACUGUGGCCCCAAUGAAAUUAACCAGUUCUUUUGUGACUUGGCUCCAUUGCAGAAUUUGGCCUGUUCCAACCCAACUUUAAGCAACGUGGCCACUCAGUUAGCUGCCGUUCUUUCUGUGGUGUUUCCAUUCCUCACCAUUGUGGCUUUGUACACUCACAUUAUAUGUACUGUGUUAAAAAUUGAGAGUACAGAAGGCAAACAGAAAGCGUUUUCGACCUGCUCCUCCCAUCUUAUUGUUGCUUUUCUGUUUUAUUGCACAGUUAUUGUCGUUUACAUUAGACCAAAAGGCAGUCAAUACGAUAAAUUCCUUGCACUCAUGUAUACGGUUGUUACUCCUACAUUGAACCCAUUCAUUUAUACUUUAAGAAAUAGAGAGGUGAACAUUUCUGCAAGAAAAUUACUAAGGCGAUUUUCUCUCUUUUUUCUCUAA